UAUGCGAAAAAUAAGUAAUAAAGGAGCUUGGGAGAGGAUAGGAUAUGGGUUUUUAUACGGAAUUGACAAGUGUUACGAAGAAGAAAUUAUUAGACAAUCUAGUCAAGCUGCUUUAUUAUAUUCAAUCGGAAAUCCAACGAAUAGUCUUCUUAUGGCUUUGGGCUUGAGUGAUUAUGUUUCGGAUGACAAGAAUACGUUCAGGUCUUUGAUUAAAGGAUUUCCUUCAAGUUUUCAAUUAAGUCGUAUAUUGGUAGAAUUUCUAAAGCUUUGUAAUUGGGCUGAAACGGCAGCAUUUAUUCGCGAGAGAAAUAGAUGCGAUAUUCGAAGUGAUGAAAUCAACUUCCUAUUGGGAAAGCGCAGUAUUAAUUUAUUCCCUCAAUAUAUGUCUACAUCUAGCGAAUAUUACGAAACUGAGAUAUCUCAUAAAUUAAAAGUAGCUCUAUCUCAUAUUCGUCUUUUGAUAUUUUGUACAUCAAACAAACUCUUAAGGUUUUUAAUGCAAGUUGCCCUAAAAUUGGGUAUCUCAGCACCAGACUAUUUAUUAAUAGCGUUCAACUUGAAACCAUCAAUAAACUUUCUCCGUCCUUGGCCAAUCGACGGAGCGAAUAAGCCCGAAAUCCGCCGACAUUAUAGUUCUCUGAAAAUGAUAGGUAUUGAGAAUUUUACGACUUAUUCAGAUUUCGAAUCCACUAUAUUGAGAAAGUACAGAUUAGGGCACUUGGUUGUUUAUAAUCGAUGUAGUGUUAUUAUCGUUUGUAGGGACGAGAUUCAAAAUCGCUUAAAAAGAGAAAGAUUAAAAAGGUCUACUUGGAAAGUAGAUCCUAAUGAUAUAUUGGAUAGAAGACUACCUAAAACAGAUAGCAGCUUCGGGACGGCCAUUUUUAGGGGUGAAAUUGUAGAUGUUGUCUCCUUUCGUAACAUUGAUAUUGAAUUAACUGACAAAGAUCGCGAUGAGCUAGAACAUAUGAAACUUAUGAAAGACGACAAUAUCUGUCCGUUUUUAGGUGUUACUGUAACCUAUCCGGGAAUAUAUGCUUUAUAUUUACACUCUCCAAAAGGAACUCUGAGACGAGUCUUACACGCUAAAGAAACGAAACUCGACCUUGCUUUCCGCUUAUCUUUUGUAAUGGAUCUGUCAAAUGGCCUAAACUAUAUUCACUCCUCAGCAUUGGGUAAACACGGUUCUUUAAACUACGAUUCGUGCGUUGUCGAUGACCGUUGGGUUGUUAAGAUUACUUUAUAUGGCUUAUAUAGUUUCUUUGAUGCUAAACGGAAACAAAAACUCUUUGCCAAAAACAAAAGAGAUAGGAUGCAGGAAGAUUCUACCCCUCCUUUGAAUGAAGUAGAGGAGGUUGAGCCUGCGGAUUUAUGGGUUGCCCCUGAGAUUUUACGAAUGACAACUGACGAAAGGGCAAACUUUCGUUACGGAACGCAAGACGCUGACGUCUACGCUUUAGCUAUACUUAUGCAAUGCAUUCUAUUUCGAGCCGAACCGUUUUUCCUACCAUCGCCCCUACAAUCUGAGGACAUUAUAAAUACGGUUGAAGCAGUAAAACUAGGGGGCCCUAAUCCGUACAGACCAAUUUUUAGGAAAAUGGACGGUGAGCUCAAACCUAUGUCAGAUAGUAUCGACGAUAAGAAGAAUGAAACACUUCCCAUCCCCGAAAAUCGUUUGGAUGUUGUUAUGCGUGUCAUGUCCAAAUGCUGGAGUGAAGAGCCAGCAGACAGGCCAGAGGCCAGAGUGGUUGUCAAAAGGAUAAAUUCCAUUAACUGCGGAAGAAAGCUGAAUAUUAUGGACAUAAUUACAAGCAAACUCGAUAAGUAUGCUGAUAAUUUGGAAGAGUUGACAGGGAAGAGGACUGAAGAGGCUAAAGAUGCUAAAGAUAAGGCAGAUAAGUUGUUAAAAUCGCUCUUACCUCAUUCAACAGCAGAAGCUUUAUUGAAAGGGAUCCAUAUCACUCCAGUUGAAUAUCAAGCAGUUAGCCUCUACUAUUCCGAUAUUGUUCAAUUCACUAAAUUAUGCUCCAGAAAUACCCCAAACACUGUUGUGGCUAUGCUGAACGAUCUAUAUAGCGGAUUUGAUAAAAUAACUACUGAGUUUAGAGCCUUCAAAAUGGAAACUGUCGGAGACGCUUAUAUGGUUGCGAGUGGAUUACCGAUAAAAAAUCAGCGUCACGCACAUCUCAUUGCAGAUAUGUCGAUUAAAAUAAGGGAUUGGACUAAAACGUUUGAGAUUGAAGGUCUCAAAGAACAGGUUGCAAUUCGAAUCGGAUUACAUUCAGGAACAGUUACUGCGGGUGUUUUAGGUCAGAAAGGAGGCAAGUCUCCGAAGUACACUUUAGUGGGAGAUACCGUAUCGACGGUUUGCGAACUAGAAGCCCUUGGUAAAUCAAUGAUGAUACAUGUAUCGGAGGCGUUUUAUGCUUUGACGAAAGACAGGGAAGAUUUGAAAUUUCAAAGAGGAGACGGAUUACAAAGUAGCGCAACCGGAGUUAUUGUAAAUUGUUGA